CCCUGUGCUCAGCGUCUUAUCUUUAAAAAAACACGCAAUGGCAAGACGACACAACCCGACAAAGGUUGUGAUGUGGACGUUGAUUCUGUUACCAGCUGGGUUCUUCAUCAGUGUUGUUCUCCUCAAGCUCGGCAACACCACCACAGGCAGAGCAAGAGCACCCCCAAACUAACAGCUGGACCUUGUGUUUCGAACUCGCGUUGUCCAGAAGAUCACUUCAGCUUCUACAUGCAGAGUGGUGCUGCUAACGUGGUGGCGCCAAAGAUCUGCGUCCAAAGCAAACUGGUUCUGGGAACAGUGUUGAACAACGCCGGGCUGGGAAUAAAUGUUGUUGUUCUAAAUGGUAAAACGGGGGCCGUGUUGCAGAGUGAUCACUUCAACAUGUACAGCGACGAUGACAAACCUCUCAUUGACUUCCUGAAGAACAUCCAGCAAGGUUCUGUUGUCCUCAUGGCAUCCUACGACGACCCGUCCACAAAGCUCUCGGGUGAAGCUAAGAAGCUGAUUGGUGAACUGGGGAGUUCUGUUGUCCAAUCACUGUCCUUCAGAGAUAAUUGGGUCUUUGUUGGCGGCAAAGGAGUUGUCACCAGCAACUUUGAGAAGCUGCUGAAGAACGACAAAGAAAAGAACAAAUACAACAACUGGCCGGAGCUCAUACAGCUGGAAGGAUGCAUCCCAAAAAAUUUAGGCUGACCACCUUUGACCUUGGAAUGCUGAAUCUACUACAAAGUGAUGUUUUUAUUUUCAUGGUUUUACUAGGUGACAAUAUUUAUAUGACUGGAAACUAGGCCUGGCAAUAUGUAUAUAUGUACGUAUAUAUAUAUAUAUAUAUGUAUGUGUGUGUGUGUGUGUGUGUGUGUGUAUAUGUGUGUGUGUGUGUGUGUAUAUAUAUAUAUAUGUGUGUGUAUAUAUAUAUAUAUGUGUGUGUGUGUAUAUAUAUAUGUAUAUAU